CGUCCUUGACCGGCAUGUUUUGGUUUCAGUGAAAUGAUAAACAUGCGCUGUAGUUGUAAAUUUACGGAGAGGUUGAGUGUUAAUAGAGCCGAGUAAAGGGAAAAUGGAGAGACGACAGUUCGUCGCGUCUCUGGUGGCAGGAGGCUGUGCCGGGAUGUGUGUGGAUCUGACCCUGUUCCCAUUAGACACCAUUAAGACCAGACUGCAGAGUCAGCAGGGCUUCCACAAAGCGGGGGGCUUCGGGGGGAUCUACGCCGGGGUGCCGUCUGCCGCAGUCGGAUCCUUCCCCAAUGCCGCUGCGUUCUUUGUCACCUACGAGUGCACCAAGUCCCUCCUCGGCGCCAGCGGAGCUUUCGCAGCGCCGCGCGCGGCACCUGUCAGUCACAUGCUGGCCGCCUCCCUGGGAGAAAUAGUGGCGUGUUUGAUCCGGGUGCCUACAGAAGUGGUGAAGCAGAGAACCCAGGCCUCUCCCUCAUCCACCACCUACAACAUGCUGCUGGCUACACUCAGAGAGGAGGGUGUUCGAGGUCUUUACAGAGGAUACGGCAGUACAGUUCUCAGAGAGAUCCCAUUCUCAUUGGUGCAGUUUCCGCUCUGGGAAUAUUUAAAGGCGCGGUGGCAGCCUUCGUCACCACCCCUCUCGACGUGGCGAAGACCAGGAUCAUGCUGGCCAAGGCGGGCUCAGCCACGGCGGGCGGCAACAUCCCGGUGGUGCUCUGCGACGUGUGGAGGAGCAAAGGCCUUCCAGGGAGACCUCCCGUUUUUACGUGACUCCAUUCAGCUCCCCCUCCUCCUCCUCCCUGGCACACAAUCGAGUGCGUCGACACAAGAGAGUGGCCUCCCCGGGGGCAGCGGGCGGGGGGAUUUACGGCGGCGGCUGAAAAAUGAGAUGCAUAAAAGCUUUUUGCUGCAGACUCACUCUAUCGUUCUAUUGAUUAAGGUGUUAGAAGGGCCAAGUGGACGGGUUUAUUUGAGUGUUUUGAUGUGUUUAUGAUACUCGCCGGACAAAAGGGGCCAGGUCUAAUGGGGCCGCAGAGGGCCGCCUGUGCUAAAACAAACCCUCAGCUGUGGUGAAUAAUGGGCCACUUGUGUACAAGCCACCAUCAGUUAGUCAGGAUGCGUCUCAGCUUAAUGCUCACAGUGUUUGGGAACGCUGCCCCCUCUUUACACACGCAAAUGUACUUUCCAGAAUUAUUCAUACGAAAUUUGUUCCCUUCCCCCACAGAUUUUGUCAUAUCAUGAUAAAAUCUGAAAGGUGUGGCACGCAUUUGGAGUCGGCCAUCUUUACUUUGAUGCCCCUAAAUAAAAUUCAGAUCAACCACCUGCUUUCACAAGUCAACUAUUAUUUUUAUUUUUGUUUUUUUACAUUCAUUUACAUUUUAAAAUGAACAAACGUUUUGAAUCAAAAGAAGUAGAUGGAAGAAAAAAAUCUUACAUAUUCUACACCUACUCUCAAAAGUCAAUUCCCUAUACCAUAAGCAACUAUAAGUAUCAAUCAAAUGUGCUAGAAUGUCUCUAGCAUGUGGUAGAAUGGCCUAGUCAAAGUUCAGAGCUAAAUCCAAUUAAGAAUCCGUAGUAAGACAGGUGUUUACAUGCACUCUUCAUCUGAUCUGUACUGAGUUUGAGUUAUUCCGGACGUUUUUUGUGUGGGCAAACAUUUUAGUUGGUGGAAACAAAAACCAAAAGGCUUACAAAUGUAAUUGUUGUAAAAUGUUUUUCAUCUGACAAUUCUUUUGCCAGAUUAAACAAAAAAAAAAAAAAAAUUUUUUAUCUAACAUCGUUAUUAUGCUUGUUGGUCUAUAUCUAAAAUUCCCCAAAUAUAAAAUGUAAGGAGGUUUGUGGUUGUAACAGGAGCGAAAUGUUGAAGCGGAGUGAAUAGUUUGUGCAGGACUUUCUACUGUUUAGCUUCUUUAUGUUGCAAUGGAUCAUUUACCUGAAAUCUAGUUGUUGUUGUUUUUUUUUAAAAAAAGACGUUUUUGUUUUCGUAAGCAGUAGCCUCAACAUCUCCACUCGGAGAUGUUUGGAGUUUUUCUUCCCUUCCUGUCUUCUCUUUAACUUUAUCCAACUCAUCUUGGUCUUAGCCAUACUGCAGAGAAUACACGUGUAACGCUCCACAACACGCCAAGCUCCCGUUUUUCUGCUUUGUUUCUUGAUGUAUGUCCCUAGAAGGCAGGCGGACGCAUCCGAUGGAAUGCUGUAACAAAGGAGGGUGUGUGUGUGUGUGUGUGUGUGUGUGAAGUAAAAGGUUAGAAGCUGUUGUUCUCCAGGGCCAAAGGCCUGCUUGUUGCACCGGUGCAUGCCUGAUACAAAUUGCUGGGGCUUUAAAGCUGUAAUUAUGGUAAUAGGCCCAAUUGCAGUGUAGUGAAGCUCUAAAGUGCUUCCAUGUGUGCGCUAAACCCCAGAGACCCUGGCUUAGCAGGGAGCGCUGCAGCCUACCUCCCCCCUCUCCCGCCUUCCUUAAGCCUCCAACAGUAACCUGCAAAAUACCCACGCUGCACCAGGAGUCAAGUCAGGACUACAGACUAAUGGCCGGCAUGACCUGAAAGCGUUUUCAGAUUUACUGCUUAUGCAAAAUGAAGGGGAGGAUAUGCAAAUGCACCGAAGCUCCUGGAGGCGCCGAGCCCUAAUUGUACCUCUUUUUUUGUGCAUCUUUUCAGAUUAAGGUUUUAGAUUUUUAGUCGGGCAGCUUUUUUCUAAAUUUAAAGGCUGGAGCUUUUCAGAGCAGAGCAAGUAAAACUCAACUGAGUUGAUAAUAAAAUCUGUGGGGGUUUUUUUUGUCUGAUAUUUUCAUUUUCUGCAUCAGCUAACUAAAUUUUAAAAAGUUAUGUCAACACAACAGCAGCCAUUACUGAUGUGUCGGGAUCCUGGUGUACUUUCCUGGAAUGUUCUGAAAACCAAAAACAUUUAUUUAUUUAUUUCCCUGUUUUGUACCUCGUACUGAGCCAGGUGGUUUUUC